AUGGUAUUCCAGUGGAAAAAGGUUUUUUGGUUAGCUGCAUCAUUCUUGAUAGGUGCAGUCACUGUACUGAUACCCUGUAUUAUUGUUAUUACUCGACGUUCUGAUGAUUGUCCAGUACAAACAACGAUUUCGACGACGACACCUUCAGGAACGACACCUCCAGUGCCGACGUCUACAGUCACAACAUCUUCAUUACCGACACAUCUAACGACCACGUCUUCACUGAUCACAUCUCCACUAACGACAACAACGAUGACAUCUACAAUAACGACAUGGAACGCUAGUGAUUAUCAAUCAAACAGUGUCUACUAUGGAUCAUUGGCAAAUCCACGUGAUUUUGAUCAAUCGGACAAUCUUCGUUUGGAUCGUCUUUCAUCACCUCGAUUUCAUCCAAUUAAUGGAAAAAGUAUAAUCUAUUUAAGACGACAAUAUCAUAUGCCUGAUUUACGUGGAUCAACAACAACUUUGCAUUGGCUCGACUUAGAAACAAAUCAAACUGUUCCAUUGACACGACCAAUUUGGGGUGUACAUGAUCAACAAUUCUUUUGGAUAAAUAAUACAAUUCUAUUUUUGUCUAAUCGAGCAUCAACAGGUCUUAAUCAAAUUUUUCAACUUACACUUCCUCCGGAUGUAUCACAACUAACUUCUUUCAUUGACCCAAUUCAGAUAAUAGAUUAUCCAUUGAAUAUUGAUAACUUGUUAGUUAAUCGACAAGCAUCACAUCUGGCAUUUAGUUGUCAAGUCUAUCCUAAUUUAAAUAUCGAACAAACAGCUACUCAACAUACAAUCGAGAAAGCAAGCGGUCGUUCAAUUUAUCAAUUUGAUAAACUAUUCAUUCGACAUUGGGAUGAAUAUAUGACAGGUCCACGUCAUCAUCCAUUUCUUGUUCAAAUCGAGCAACAAACCAAUGGAAUAUUUAAAUUUUCAUCAGAACCGAUUGAUGUACUUUUCAAUUUAGAUAGUGAUUCACCAACACGACCUUUCGGUGAUGCUCAAACUCAAUGGUCAUUUAGUGCAACUGGUAAUUCAUUUGCAUAUACUCGACAACAUGAUGAAAUGAGUUCAGUAGCUUGGACAACCAAUUUGGAUAUUUACACUGUAUAUUUGAAUAUGUCUGAACUAUCAAGUGUGUGUAUUACAUGCGAAAAUAAUGCAACCGAUACUGAUCCAUCUUAUUCACCAACAGAUGAUGAUAUACUAGUCUAUCGAUCACAUUCAGUUCCCGGAUAUGAAGCUGAUCAAUACAAAAUUAAAGUGUACAACGGAUCGAAUACGACAAUAACUCUUCUCGAUGAUUGGGAUCGAAGUAUUCAAGCUGUGACAUGGUCUCUCGAUGGUCAAUCUCUUUAUCUUGAAAUUGGUGAACAAGCAGAAAAUGUUAUCUACUAUUUAUCCAAUAUAUUUACAGAUCAAUCAAUCACUCUCAUAAUUAGAAAUGGUACUUCACACAAUAUCAAUCUUCAUCCUAUCGAUAAUCAAACGUUUGUCUUUACAUAUGAAAGUAUUCUCGAACCAGCGAAUAUCUAUCUAUAUUCAUCGAAUGAUUCGAUUCGAUCUCUCACUGAUCAUAACAAAAAUCUAUUGGCUAAAGUUAGAAUGAGUACUGUAGCCGAGAAAUUUUCAUUUUCAGGUGCUCAAGGUGAUGAAGUUUGGGGAUGGCAUGUACCACCGGCAAAUGGUACAAGCAGUUCAGCUCCACUUGCUUUUCUUAUUCAUGGUGGUCCACAAAGUAGUUGGUACAAUGCAUGGAGUUACCGAUGGAAUCUUCAAUCGUUUUCUUCUCAAGGCUAUGCUGUCAUUGCUAUUAAUUUUCAUGGUUCUGACUCAUAUGGACAGAAUUUUACAAAUAGUAUUACAGGUGAAUAUGGUACUUUGCCAUACGAAGAUCUUCAAUUAGGACUUACUUAUGCUCUGAACAAUUUUUCUUAUAUUGAUUCGAACCGAACCGUAGCAUUGGGUGCUAGUUAUGGUGGAUUUAUGAUUAAUUGGAUUGCUGGACAUCCAGAGAUGAGUGCUCGUUUUAAAACUCUCGUUAGCCAUAAUGGUUUGUUUGAUAUGAGAGCUAUGGGUUAUUCCACAGAAGAACUAUGGUUCACUGAGUAUGAUGCAGGAGGCUUCACUCCAUGGGAUAAUCCCGAUGCUUAUGAACAAUUUAAUCCAGUUAAUCAUGUUGCAAACUGGACAGUGCCAAUGUUGGUUAUUGUUGGUGCUCGUGACUAUCGUGUACCAGAAACACAAGGAAUCAGCGCCUUUACAGCUUUGCAACGUCGUAAUGUCGAGAGUCGUUUAUUGUAUUUUCCUACCGAAAAUCAUUGGGUACUAAACCCGCUGCAUUCAAUUGCCUGGUAUGAGCAAGUGUUCGACUGGAUGAACAAAUGGGCCAGCUAA